CUUUCUCGUAUGACCUGAACCUUUCGCAUUCUUCACACCUCCGUGUCUCAUCAAAUCCCUAAAUCUCAAGCUCGAAGAGACGGAAAUGGCGCUGAGAACUGCAAUUCUUCGUCACUUGAGGGUUCCGGUGCAAAGCCUAUCAGUGACAGGAUCGAAUCAGUCUCAAAUUGGGUUCCUUGCUUCGAUCCGUUCAUUUUCUUCGCACGAUGAUCAUCUCAGCAAGCAGGAUGUCGUCGAUAGAGUUCUUGAUGUUGUCAAGAGCUUCCCCAAAGUCGAUCCCGCUAAGGUAACUCCUGAUGUUCAUUUCCAAAAAGAUCUGGGAUUAGAUAGUUUGGACACUGUGGAGAUAGUGAUGGCAAUUGAAGAGGAAUUCAAGCUGGAAAUUCCAGACAAAGAAGCUGACAAGAUCGAUUCUUGCUCUCUCGCCAUUGAAUAUGUUUACAAUCAUCCAAUGUCAAGCUAAAUCAUUGCUUCUCAAGGGUUCUCCUUUCGUCUCUGCCCUUUUUUAAUUUUGAAAUGAGGUUCUCUCAAGUUCUUUUACUGAAUGAUGGGAUAUGCAAAUAAAUUCAGUUCUGUUUGAAGAGCACUGGUGACUCUUUUAAGGAGUUUCAGUUUCCUUUAAAACCCUUUUGCUUGGAUAUUUUGUAAUUUGACACUUUUUUUGGAGUUAUUACAAUGUCUAAAAAGCCCCAAAA